AUGGACGCCUGCAUCCUGUGCGCCCGUUGCGUCAAUGCCUGCCAGUCGGCGCACCAGUUCAUCGGGGCCAUCGAUGUGCUGGGGGCUGGGGAAACGGCCCGCAUUGCCACCGCCGGCGACAAACCGCUGGCCGAAAGCAUCUGCACCACCUGUGGCCAGUGCCUGAGCGUGUGCCCCACCGGGGCCAUCAGCGUCAAGGAACCGCCGGCCGUCAGCGCACCGACCCACACCGUCAGCACCACCUGCCCGUACUGCGGCGUUGGCUGCGGCAUCCAGCUGGAAGUUGACGACGCCACCGACCGCAUCGUGGCAUCCCACGACGAUCCCGACAACCUGUCCAGCGUGGGGAUGCUGUGCGUCAAGGGCCGCUUCGGCUAUACGUUUGCCCAGCACCCCGACCGCAUCAAAACGCCGCUGAUCCGCGACGGCGAGCGUUUCACCGGGCCGUUCCGAGAGGCGACCUGGGACGAGGCGCUGGACCUGGUAGCGAGCCGGCUGGUGGAAUAUCGCGGCGACAGGUUUGCAACUCUCUGCUCGGCCAAGGCCACCAACGAGGACGGGUACGUGCAGCAGAAGUUCUCCCGCCUGGUGAUGGGCAGCAACAACAUCGACCAUUGCACCCGCCUGUGCCACAGCCCCUCGGUGGAGGCCAUGCUGACCUCGCUGGGCAGCGGGGCCACCAGCAAUUCAUACACCGACUACGAGGGCGCCGGCUGUCUCGUGGUAAUCGGCUGCGACCCCACCUCGAACCAUCCGGUGGCCGCUUCCCGGAUGCGGCGGGCCAUCGUCGAGCGCGGCGCCAAACUCAUCGUUAUCAACCCCCGGCGCAUCGACAUGUGCGACUACGCCGACCUGUGGCUGCGGGCCUACCCCGGCACCGACGUGGCGCUGCUGAAUGCGAUGGCGCAGGUCAUAGUGGACGAAGGUUUGGCCGCUGCCGAUUUCGUGAACAACCGCACCGAAGGCUACGACGACUGGCUCGCGGUAGCCAAUCAAUACACCCCCGAACGCGCCGCGGCCAUCACCGGCGUCGCGGCGGAUGACAUCCGCGCGGCCGCCCGAAUCUUCGCCCGCCCGCCGGUGCCCCGUCUGAUCUGGGGCAUGGGCAUCACGCAGCACACCAACGGCACCGCCAACGCCCACGGCCUGCUGAAUCUGGCGCUGGUCGCCGGCCAGCUGGGUCGGCGCGGUUCGGGCAUCUCCCCGCUGCGUGGGCAGAACAACGUGCAAGGCUGCGGCGACGCGGGAUGCUUGCCCAACUCCCUGCCGGGCUACCAGGGCUUGCGUCCCGAUACGCUGGUGCGAUUUGGCGACGCCUGGGGCGCGAAUGGGCGCAUCCCCGAUACGGCUGGCCUGGUGGUUACCGAUAUGGUGGAAUCAAUGGGGCGGCCCGACGGCGUGCGCGCCAUGUAUAUCACGGGCGAGAAUCCGCUGCUCAGCGAACCCGACCUGAACCGGGCUGAUGAGCUGUUCCGGCGGCUGGAGUUCCUGGUGGUGCAGGACAUUUUCAUGCACGAAACGGCGGAGUUGGCCGACGUGGUUCUGCCGGCCACCAGCUUUGCCGAGAAGGACGGCACGUUCACCAACAGCGAGCGGCGGGUGCAGCGGGUACGGCAGGCCAUCCCGCCGGUGGGCGGCAGCCGGCCCGACUGGGACAUCGUGUGCGACCUGGCCCGCCGGAUGUGCGACAAAGUGGGGUUGCCGUGGGCUGAGCAAUUCACCUACGGGCACCCGUCGGAUAUUUUUGACGAGAUGGCCCAGCUGACGCCCAUCCUGUCGGGCAUCUCCUAUCAGCGGCUGGACGCCGAGGGUGGCAUUCAGUGGCCCUGCCCCUCGCCGGAGCAUCCGGGCACCACGUAUCUGUACGCCGACGAUUUCCCCCGGGGGGACCGGGCGAAGUUUGUGGCCUUUGAGCAGGGACCGCUGGCGGCGGAAACUCCGUCGGAACGGUUCCCGCUGGUGCUAAACACCGGGCGAGUGUUGUAUCACUGGCACGGCGGCACCAUCACACGGAGGGUGGACGGCCUGAUGGCCCGGUCUCCGGCGCUGGAGGUGUCGAUAAACCCCCUGGAUGGCGAGCGGUUCGGGUUGCAGGACGGGGGGCAGGUGCAGGUGCGUUCACGGCGUGGUUCAUUAACGGGCGUGGCGCGCUACACCUACCGGAUGCGUACCGGCGAGAUUUUUGUACCGUUCGUAAGGCUGGCCGAUUCAGCGGCCAACUUCCUCACCAACGCGGCCUACGACCCCGAAUCACGCAUACCGGAGUACAAGGUGUGCGCGGUGCGGGUGGAGACGGUGGAAGGGUAG